AUGCGUGGAAACCAAACCGCCGGCACGUGCUAUUCUCCUGUUUCCCCCUUGCUUCUUCCUCCUCCAGAAUAUCGAUCGCUCCGGAUCGGCCAAACUUCGAAGCAGUGGUUAGAUGGCAUGUCUGGCCGUGGUGUAACCCCUGGAUACCAGACUCCACCCGAUCGACCAGCACGUACUCCGUACUACCUUGGCUUAGACACGGAGGACAGGGAGGACAAGGAGGACCCUAUCGGCCGGCGACGGCUGCCACAGCCUAAACCCAACGUGUCAUUCUGGACGGCGGCUGUGGGCCCCACGUUGCUUUCCGGCAGCGACAUGAAGUCACGCCAUUUGCGGCGUGAUCCGGGAAUAGCACCGAAAACUGCCCGGGCACUCACUCGCACUACACACGCAUUUGCUCAGCAGUGUUAG